GUCCAGGUUUGAAGUGUCUAGGUAUAGUAGAUGUUGAACUACAGUCGAUUAAUGAUGCGGAAGGUAGUGAAAAAUUAAGUGGAAUCGCCCUUUAGCUAUUGGAAGCUAGAAAUCGAAACCAACUUCAGCUUCGUGCGGGAACCUUCSGUCUAAACAACGGCUCUCCACACUCCAAUCCAGAAGGUGGCGAUGAUACAAUUUAAAGUKGUGUGCCAACCGCCAAGAAGAAAUAAUAAAAAAGAAGUAGCAGCAGAAGAAAAAGAAGAAAAAUAGGGCCGUGAACCUUUUCAUAGCUCAUUUCUGUAAUCUCCGUGUGUUUAGCUCCAGUGUGUCAGAGCUAUCGGUGUUGAGUUUAGGUCUCCGUGGUUCUGCAGCUCCUCCGCCAUGAAGAAAAGCAGCUCGGAGAAGAGGCGCCAUGUGGUGGCCUGGGUCAACAAGGCAGAGUGGGACCAGGUCCUGGACUAYCUCUACUCCAAGGAUCCCGCCCUGCAGAGGUUCGCUCUACAGAGGGUCUCAGCAUGGAGGGGCCGGUAUGCCCACAACACGCCCGUGGCUGUGGACUGCACGGCCGACCUGGUGCGGUGCCAGGUCCUGGACCGGUCCGGACAGCUGAACGGAGACGACCUGGUCCUGUUGUAUGGAGCGGCCCUGGUCCGGUUUGUGAAUCUGAUCACCGAGAGGCAGCAGGGGAGGAAAGCCCGACCACUGAGGCGGCUGGCCGGGAAGCUCAACAUCCCGGAGUGGGUGGUGGACCUGCGGCACGACUUCACCCAUAAGAAGCUGCCCACGCUGAAGUGGUGCAGGAAGGGAUGUAAGGUGGUUCUGGAGUGGCUCCAGCAGGAGUACUGGUCCAGGCARCUGGGAGGAGGCGCAGAUGAGGACUGGGAGUCAGACUCUGAUGGAGAGGAGGAGGAUGCUGAGCUGAAGCGGCAGGAGAGCAAUCUGCUGAGCAGGCAGAGGGAGAUGGAGGCCUACAAGGCCACCCGGGACAUCCUGAUCUCCUAUGAGAGAGAGCGGUACCAGAGUCUGGACGGGCCUCAGGAGGACCGGGGCCUGGCUCCCCUUGCAGACAUGAGCUGGUUGCUGGGGGAGAUCAAGCAGUUGUCUUUGGAC